AUGGGGAGAGCUCCUUGCUGUGAUACGAUGCGAACUAAAAAAGGUCCAUGGACUCCCGAAGAAGACCACAUUUUAUUCACUUUUAUUCAAAAACAUGACCAUGAAAAUUGGCCAGCCUUACCCAAACAAGCUGGUCUUCUAAGAUGCGGGAAGAGUUGCAGAUUACGAUGGAUAAACUUCACUUUGGAAGAGGAGGAAACCAUCAUUAAACUGCAUGAAAUGUUAGGGAAUAUGUGGUCAGCAAUAGCAGCGAAAUUAUCAGGAAGAACAGACAACGAGAUAAAAAAUGUAUGGCUCACUCACUUGAAGAAGAGACUCAAUCAAUACAAGACCAAACCAGGUAACGUCAAGUCCAAAAACAAGAUUAAAUCCGAGCCGUCCAUCACAAGCCAAUUUAGUGGCGAGGUCCCAUCAUCAUUAUCAUCAUCUGAAGUUUCCUCCAUUACAGACACCAGUGAUCAUAGGGAAGUCGACGACAUCAAGGCUGAAAACAUGGUGGUUUCCUGGGAAUGUUUCCCCGAAAUUGCUGAAAGUUUCUGCUCCGAUAAUCCGAACACUCCGACGUUAAACUUCGAACCGGUCUCCGAUGAAGUUGCUUCGUUUUCGAUCAGUCGUCAAAAUCAUGAUGAUGAUUCAAUGGAGUUUUGGUACGACCUGUUCGUUAAAGCUGGAGGUGAAGACCUUUUGGUUGUGGGUGGGCAGACAUGA